AUGAAGAUUGCAUUCUAUUCCUCUGUUUUGCUGUUGUUGGCCUCCCUCCAUGGGGGCGGCGUUGGUCUCGCAGCGGCCAAUGGCGACUUGAACGACUUAAACCUGUCAGCGAAUUGGACUGAUGAAAGCGGUGGGGGGCUUCGUGGCUUUACCCCUCACGAGAAGUACAACGCAACGUCUCGUUUCCUUGUCCAAGCAGAUCCUCUCCAGACCUGUGCAGCUCCUGGUCAGUACGGCCUGGUCUCCAAGAUCAUAUCCGGUAUCUUUGACGUUGACGAAGCUGACUACCCGAAGUAUCAGAUUGGUUGCACCAACCCAGGCUCGGCCCUCGGAGAUUUCGCGAACGUUGGACUCAACAUUGCCGACUUGAUUCUGAACGAGACUGGCUUGGAGGAAGGACAGCAGGUUACCUCCCUCCUCAGGAAUAUCAUCAAGCCAGUCGCAGACAUUAUCAGUGGACAAAUUGUUGGAAAGAUCUUCAACAACAACUCCGCUGGCGUUGACUUUAAUCUUGUUGGAGCUUGUGUUGGAGACUUUGAAACGUCGGAUGGGAACCUUGUACAGACAGGAGUAGGGAGUGGCUCCAUGAUUGGUCGCUGUAAUGAUAUUCCAGUUGGCGAUAACCAAAAGUGGACUACCUGGGCUAGCACAAUUACGCUUCCUGCUCCUGUCGCCAGUUCUCUCUGUAAGGGCGCCUUUACAGGAGGCGUUGAACUCGACCUUUGCAUCGCAGCCUCCUUUUGUGGUGAUCUCGAUUUCACCAAGUUUCCACCCGAGAUCCCCUUGCCUUCCAUCGCAUUCGCCAUUGGUGGAGGAUGGGUCUCUUGUCUUACCGGUCUAGUCACUGCCGAGGCAACUGUUGGAAUUGGAAGUGGUAUUGCUUCUGGUGUGAAUCAGAUCCUUGGUGGAUACUCGGCAGGAUACUCCAUGACAAACGCCUUUGACAUAGAUAUUGUGCUCUACGACGGCUACACCCUUUACAAAUACGAUGUCCAAGCCACAAUCUAUGACAGACUCAAAAUUGGCAUUAAUGGAAAGAAGCUUAUCGGAAAACCCUUUGGCGAUUGGUUCAGGCUCACUUUGACGGGAACUCGAGGACUUGGCUUCAGAGGUCCAACUGGGGCUGACAUUCAGAAUACACUUGACACAGCCAUCGGGGCCCUUACUCCACAGAACCUUAACGACUCCUCGGUCGAUCUAUGGGAUGUCCUGGACGAAUUGAACCUCGACGAGUGGGCAGCCUACGGGGUCAUGUCUGGCAACCUUGCCGGCAUAAUUGAAGUAUCCAAAAUUUCCAUUGGAAAGACCAAGGACGGAAAGAACAAGACCCUUGGUGCAUUGUUCCCAGACAUCAACAUAGACCUUAUCCAAAUCAACAGUUUCUUCACCACUGGACCACAGACUCAUGUCACGACAGAUCCCACCACCAAUACAGAGGUGAACCUAGGCAUAGCUCGUGGCCUGUUCUUUUUUGCUGGAACAACAGGCUUGUCUGGGCUCACCAAGGAGUUGGUCAAUUUCCUGUAUGGAUUCGUAAAGAACGUGCUCAAGCCCAUUCCUGGGUUCCUCAAAACCAAUCUUGGCAUUGACGAAUUCCUCACGCCUCCAAAGGCUUUCGACACAAGCGUAUACGAUUUGUUUGGUGCAGGCAUCACAAUCAAUCAAAAUAGGACCGGUUUCUUGGUGAACAUUCCACUUGCCGUAACUGGAAGACUCACGAUCAACUGCUACACCAACUACACCGAAUUUGACUGCGAAGUGACCUAUAUCCCUGACGACCUCAAGAAGGUCUUCAAGCAGUUUGUUACCAAGUUCUUUGAGGUCGGAGACAAGGUUAUUAACGUUGUUACAGAUAUCACUGAUGGCGUCGGCACAACAGGAAAGGUCAUCCUUGUUGGGGUAGACGACCUUUUGGAUGGCGUUGACAAAGUCUUUUCAAACAAUAACAUUCAAAACUCUCUUCGCUACCUGGAGGACGAGGGGAAAGACCUGGUUGGGCCGCUUGCGCAGGAACUUGGUAUUGACGGCAGAGCACUGCAAGUCUCCAUGGAGCUUGGCGGAAUGGUUUUUGAUAUAGCUAAUACUUUUGCAACCGCUUUGGGCCCAGGAAUAAAAGAGGUUGCAAAGUUUGGCAAGGAGAUUGUGGCCGGGGCUCAGGUGGCCCUGGAAACAGCCACCACUGCCGUGAAGGCCGCUGCCAAAGCAGUUGGGGAGGCUUUGGAUUGUACAGAAGCCGAAAUUACCCGUUUACUGGGCGACCCAUCGGGUUCCACAUCGUGCCCAGCCUUCGUCGCCAUGAAUGAAGAGUUGGCUGCCUUUGCGAACGAUGUUGGGGAAGCCGUGGAAGGUGUUCUUGACGCAAUUUCAACGGGCCUUGGGCUUGGCAACCUUUUCGACUUCGACCAGACAAGAAUCGAAGAGAAGGUGGAUCCAGAAGAGAAGGACGCAAAGACAAAGUGUCCGUUGUACAACAUCUACACCGAGACCCAGGUUUGCAUACCUGCAAAGUGUACAACGCAUUGCGUUGGUUGGUGCGACGGUGCAGUGGGUAUAAUCUGCAGCCCCAUUUGUAGUUUUUUGGGCUAUGAGUGUAAGGACGUUUGUGUAACAACGUGCACUCCAGAAGCCUGCUUGCUGCCAGUCAAAAAACUUAUCGCAGAAAAGGUUCCCCUCAAGGCCUGCGUCAAGGACCAUUUCGAAAAGCUUGCGGCGGCCAAAAUCCUAGAAUCUCAGCGAGCCUUGGCAGAAUCUCUUCGCGACCAGGUCCUCAAUGACAACCUCUCCUCAUUAAAGGGCGACACGUACACAGUGGACCUCGAUAGCAUUACAUGCACCACCAAAUGGCUUAGCGAAAAUGAAGACACAGCUGGCAACACACCUCUGGAGGUUACCUGCUCAACUCCUGGAAUUCAAGCUGAUGGAUCGAUUGGAGAAUACUUUAACAAGACGAGAAGCGAAUUUAUCAACCCUGACAACGCCUCAGCAUUCUCAAGUCAAAAGGAGGCGCUUAUCCAAACUACCAAGAAGGCACUUAUCGAUGAGAUCACAAAGUUCAUGACCAAGGAGCCCACGGACUGUAUCGCAACGGCAGGAUAUCCAGCCGAUGGGGUCGACAACGAUUGCGACAGCCUCAUUGACGAAGAUGUUACCUGCAACUACGCCGAUAUGAUUGAUGGCACAGGAAUGUUUGACAAGGACUGCAAGUGUGCACCCCCCGUCCUUGAUGCCAGUACCAUCAGCGACAAGACACUUAACUGCACAGCACCUCGAGGACCUUCGGUUUUGGGCCGACCAACUAUUUCUUUCGGCAAUGCUUCAGUAAGCGGGUGUCCCUCCGCUAUAAGCGAAGGCCAGUAUCUGUCGCCCGUGGACACUGUCGUCAAUGGACAGGACCCAGCGACAGCCUGUGGAACAGGCCAGCUUGUUCGACAGCAUACUUAUCAAGAUUCGUUGGGCCAGAAUUCCAACACUGUGUCCCAAUUGCUCAUUCUAACGUCGGUGCCCCCGCAGAUCAACACUACUGUUGUGAAGCCAUUGAUCACGGUUUCGUGCGAGGCCGAAGUACCACCUGACCCAGGUUCGCUUGCACCUGCGGUUGGUAUUCCAGGCGAUCUAGCAAUCGAAACAUGCGCCACCAAUUUGGAAGAUGGAUACGAGGAUUUGAGUAUUGACUAUGUUGGCUGCCCUGAAAAUCCAGCCGGAAACGGCAACUGGAAGGGAUGGAACGUCGUCAGGAAAUGGUUUGUCCGUGAUGAAUGUGGCCAGGAAGACAUUUUGAAUCAGACCAUUGUCCGCCAAGACAUGACGAAGCCGUACUUUGAGAGCUUUCCACAAGCCCGGAUUCAGAGCUGCCGAUCGUCCAGCUUUAUCGCCGACACAGGUUUCCCAGUCGCUGCCGACAAUUGUGACCCCGCAGAGGUCCUUGGCACCCGCAUAAGCUACAGUGACACUGUGGUCUUCCAGGACGGCUGUACUGUUGACACUGAGCGAGAUUUUUCAGUUUCAGAUCGAGUAUGCAACGUGCACACCGAGAAACAGUCCAUCCACUCAUGUCCAAUGGAGUUUGAGCCGAUGGUUGGAUCCACCACGUCGUAUGAUCCAACCUCUUUGCUUCCCACAUUUGUGUACAAUACGAGCGGAGAUGAGCGCCAAACAUACCUUGAUAGCGUGGUAUUUCUGACUGGAACCAUCUUGGAAGAUGGCAGCUACGAGAAGAUCGCUUUAGAUAACUGCAAAGAAGGCGUUUUGGAAUACUUGGCACCUGGGUCGAUUGUUGAUUGGAACGAGGUGGUCUACCCCUACAGCCAAAACGUUACCUUUAAAGUUGACGAAGGAAACACCGACAAGAAGUUCUCAGCAGAACUAGCGGACCACGACAAUCCCGCACACCUGCCUUACUUCCAGUCCAUUCUCGAUCUCAACAAUAAUGGCAUUGGAACGUUCCGUCUCAAUCUUGAGUGUCGGGACCCUCUUGCAUUCGAAGCUUCAAAGGGAGGUGGAGGCAAGAAAGGAAAUCGGGAGCUGCGCAACGGACAUCGCGACAUUAAGGGGUGCCUCAUGUUCCACCCAAUUUCUGGAAAGAAGUCCCUCCAUCACGAAACCUUUUACACGUACUAUAAACCUUUAGUCAAGUGCAAUUGUUUUACCAAGCUAGCUUUGUGUAAGUAUCGGUGCAGUACGAAGCAACUCCAAUCGAACCUCGCAGGGCUCUUGGAGCAACAGCAACAGGGCAACCAAGAUCAGCAAAUUCAAGCCGCCAUCUCAGCAGCUUUGGGUUUGCAGCAACCACAGCAGCAGCCGUCACAGGCAUCUGCCCUGGCGGCGUUGCUUGAACAGCGAAGGCACCCCGCUUCGAACCUGACAACAGCCCUCAAUGAUGGCCGUCUUGGAAAUCUAUUAUUGUCUGCAGGCUCGAUCGGUCAAGAUGGAAAUAACCAAGCGCGUCGUGCUUCCAUGGCAGCUGCUCCACCCGCCGAGGCUAACGGUUUGUCUAGCCAAAACUUGGCAGAUGUGUUGGCGGCUCUUUCCCGUUCAGAUAAUGGGAAAACGACUGGUCUACCAGCCGCUCCCGCCCAGCCUUGUUUGGAUCCGGCGCGAGUGCAGAAUCUCAUUUCAGGAACACAAGCCACUAGUGCCGCAACUGGAUUCGCUCCAAUCCAGGAUGGGACGUUGGCUUCGAUCCUUGCCGCGGCUGCUUCCUCGUCGAAGUCAUCGACGGUGGAGGCGUCACAGGCGCAAGGUAAGAGGAAAUCAGAAGACGAUGAGUCGACGAAGGAACCUACAGUCCGAGCAGGCGUGGAGGGGCCAUCCUCAUUGGGGUUCAUUCUUCGACCAAGGCAGCUUGCAUUUCGUGCUUCAGGAGCUUCACAGAUACAGUAG